CCCUGUGAGGGAGUCUCCACAAAACCAGAGGAGACAAGUCCCACACCGAUUUCAGGGAGAGGAAAACUGGAUUGGUAUGCUGGCUGUGCCCUGGCAGGAGAGACAAUGUGGGAAGAUGGCUUGGCAGAGUAACCUGGAGCGCUGCAGCAGAGCCAACGCCGUCGAUGCGGGAGCCAGCGACAAAGAGCCGUAGAGGAUGGAGCAAGCAGCAGCAGGAGCAGAAGAGGAGAAGGAGGAAGGCUUGAUUGAAUUCUACGAUUCCUUCAAGGACAUGUUCGAGUUCUUCUGCAAGAACACAACGAUCCACGGCACCAUCCGCCUCGUGUGCUCGGACAGCAACAGGAUGAAAACAGCCUUCUGGACUCUGCUCUUGCUGGCCAGCUUUGGCAUGCUGUACUGGCAGUUUGCACUCAUGUUCAGCCAGUACUGGGCCUACCCUGUUGUCCUGACCAUGUCGAUGCAUUCAGAGCCCAAGAUGUUCCCAGCGAUUACCAUCUGCAAUCUAGACCCCUACAGGUUUGAGCUGGUGAGCGAGCACUUGGUGCAGCUGGAUCGCAUGGCAGAGGAGUCCAUCGCGCUGCUGUAUGGCAUCAACACCUCAGCCAGCCUCUUCCACCUCCAUGAGACAAACAUCCACGUCCAGGACUUGCCAAACACAGGCAACCUCAGCAGGUCGAGCUUCAGGCUGAGCCAAAACUUCUCGCUCCUCAGAAUGCCUGACCACAAUAACAGGGCAGGGAAGAAGCAUUCCAAAGUGGGCUUCAGGCUGUGCAAUGCCACAGGUGGGAAUUGCUUCUACAAGACCUACUCCUCUGGGAUGGAUGCAAUUCUUGAGUGGUACAGGUUUCACUACAUGAACAUCAUGUCCCAGCUACCAGUGAUCAUCAACAUCUCUGAUCAUGAGGAGCAAAUAGAAGACAUGGUCUACUCCUGCCAGUAUGAUGGGGAGCCCUGCAGACCCAGUGACUACGUUCACUUUCACCACCCAGUCUUUGGAAGCUGCUACACUUUUAACAGCCAGGGAACAGACUCCUUUUGGACAGCUACAAAACCAGGAGUUCCUUAUGGACUUUCCCUUAUCCUGAGGGCAGAGCAGAAGGACCACAUCCCACUCUUGACUACAGUGGCAGGUGUGAAAGUGAUGAUCCACAACCACAACCAGACACCAUUCCUUGAGCAUGAAGGCUUUGACAUCAGACCAGGCAUUGCCACUACCAUAGGCAUUCAGCAGGACGAGGUGAACCGCCUGGGUGGCAGCUAUGGGAAGUGCACCACCAACGGUGACGAUGUGAACGUUAAACUGCUGUACAACAACUCCUACACCCUGCAGGCUUGUUUGCAUUCCUGCUUUCAGCACAUCAUGGUCCAAAAGUGUGGCUGUGGCUAUUACUACUACCCACUGCCUCCUGGUGCUGAAUACUGUGACUACAACAAGCAGCCUGCGUGGGGUCACUGCUUUUACCAGCUCUACAGCAGGCUCAGAAACCACCACCUGAAUUGUUUUGACCAAUGCCCCAAGCCUUGCAGGGAAUCACUCUACAAGGUGUCUGCUGGGACAGCCAAGUGGCCAUCAGCAAAGUCUCAGGACUGGGUCCGGCAGGCGCUAAGGCACCAGAACGGAUACAACUCCACCAGCCACAGGAAGGAUAUUGCCAAGGUCACCAUCUUCUACAAGCAACUGAACUACCAGGCUGUCAACGAGUCUCCUCUGCUCUCAGAGAAUCUGCUGCUGUCCAGCAUGGGAAGCCAGUGGAGUCUCUGGUUUGGCUCCUCAGUGCUGUCUGUAGUUGAGAUGUUCGAGCUGCUCAUAGACACCUUGGUCUUGUCUCUCCUCUUCUGCUACCAAAGGCUCAGGGCAAAGACUUUGAAAGUAGCUCAUGCUCCUUCUCCCAUCCCCACUGUGAGCCUGGCCCUGGAGAACUACAGAGCUGUGGAGGAAGAAGGUGGGAAAGGUGAGAACCCUGCUCACACUCACCCCCCUGGAGUGACAAUUGCAGUGCACAGCAACAGCGAGCUGCAGCUCCAUCCCUUCUCCAGCAAGGUGGACAUGCCAGAGCUCUGCCCAGAGGUGGUGCUGAAUGGAUUCAGGUACAAGAAGGACAGCUCUGUGGAAGGGCAGCUGGGCAGCUAAGGACAUGAUUGUGUGCAUGGAGAAGGCUUGAAGCUGCCCUCGGGAACGGACAGGGAGGUUGUGGUGAGCAACGCUCUGGAUCCAUCUGAACACCUCACUGCUGAGCCUGGCAGUCCUCUGCAGGAGCUGAGCCAAGCUCCUUGUGCCAAACUCCUCCACCUCUCCCAGAUCCAGACCUCAUGCAAUGUCCUUCUGUUCCCAGUGAGUCUCCUGGGGAGGAGGAGAACUCUACUUCUGCUCUCUGGGGCAGCUGCUGAGCCCUCCUAAAAGCCUGUUCCUAGCUUUUAGCUUCCAAAGCCUGGUGAGGAAAUCAGCCUGGGGCUUCAGGCUGGCCCAGCUACAUUUCAGAAGGCUGCUCCAGAGCAAAGCCAGCCCUGGCCGGUGAUGGAAUUGCUCCAGAGCAGGCUGAGAGCAGCCAGUGCUGCCUGGAGACACCAGAGCCUGUGGUGGCUCUGACCACAGCUUUGCUGCCAGGACACUUCUCUGGCCUCAGCCUCUUACUGUGGCACCUUGAGGCCAGAAUGCUGCUGCUGAGAUGCUUUGGGCAUUGACCCUGACUGUUGCCAGUGAGAU